AUGGCGCGGGGCGGCGGGCGGCUGCAGCCCCGCGCCGCCGCUGCCCCUGCCCGGGGGGACCGGGGGCCGCUCGGCCUCCUGUGCCUGGCGCUGCUGUGCGCGCUGGGCGCCGCCGAGGCGGAGUUCUCCAUCCUGGACGAGGCGCAAGUCCUGGCCAGCCAGAUGAGGAAACUCGCCACCGAGGAGCUGAGGGUCGUCACCAUGCAGAGGAUAUUCAACUCCUUCGUGUACACGGAGAAGAUAUCAAAUGGAGAAAGCGAAGUUCAGCAGCUGGCAAAAAAAAUCCGUGAGAAGUUCAACCGUUACUUGGACGUGGUGAAUCGGAACAAGCAGGUCGUGGAAGCCUCAUACACUGCUCACCUCACCUCACCCCUGACUGCCAUCCAGGACUGCUGCACCAUCCCCCCAUCCAUGAUGGAAUUUGAUGGGAAUUUCAACACCAACGUUUCCAGAACCAUCAGCUGCGAUCGACUCUCGACCACUGUCAACAGCAGAGCCUUCAAUCCUGGACGUGACUUAAAUUCUGUGCUUGCUGAUAACCUGAAGUCUAACCCAGGAAUCAAGUGGCAAUAUUUCAGCUCAGAAGAAGGGAUUUUCACCGUGUUCCCAGCCCACAAGUUCCGGUGCAAAGGCAGCUACGAACACCGCAGCAGGCCCGUCUACGUCUCCACCGUUCGCCCUCAGUCCAAGCACAUCGUGGUCAUCGUGGACCACGGCGCCUCUGUCACAGAGACACAGCUCCAGAUUGCCAAGGACGCUGCCCAGGUGAUCCUCAGCUCCAUAGAUGAGCACGACAAGAUCUCGGUGCUGACGGUGGCGGACGCGGUGCGCACGUGCUCCCUGGACCAGUGCUACAAGACCUUCCUGUCCCCUGCCACCAGUGAGACCAAGAGGAAGAUGUCCACCUUCGUCAGCAGCAUCAAGGCGUCCGACAGCGCCACGCAGCACGCCCUGGGCUUCCAGAAGGCUUUCCAGCUCCUCCGGAACACCAACAACGGCACCAGGCUCCAAGGAAAUACUGACAUGGUCAUCAUUUAUCUCUCGGCUGGGAUCACAUCAAAAGAGUCCUCAGAAGAUGAUAAAAAAGCCACUCUGCGUGUCAUCAACGAAGAAAACAGCUUCCUCAAUAACUCAGUGAUGAUCCUCACUUAUGCCCUCAUGAAUGAGGGGGUGACAGGGCUGAAGGAGCUGGCCUUCCUGCGGGACCUGGCUGAGCAGAACUCGGCCAAGUACGGCGUGCCCGACCGCAGCGCCCUGCCCGUCACCAAGGGCAGCAUGAUGGUCCUCAACCAGCUCAGCAACCUGGAGACCACCGUGGGCAGGUUCUACACCAACCUGCCCAACAGGAUGAUUGAUGAGGCCGUGUUCAGCCUGCCCUUCUCGGAUGAGAUGGGGGAUGGCCUGAUAAUGACUGUCAGUAAACCCUGUUACUUUGGGAACCUCCUGCUGGGAAUUGUUGGAGUAGAUGUCAACCUUGCCUAUAUCUUGGAAGAUGUCACCUAUUACCAGGACUCCUUGGGAUCCUACACCUUCCUCAUUGAUAAUAAAGGAUACACUCUGAUGCACCCCUCCCUGACCAGGCCCUACCUGCUGUCUGAGCCUCCCCUCCACACAGACAUCAUCCACUACGAGAACAUUCCCAAAUUCGAGCUGGUGCGCCAGAACAUCCUCAGCAUUCCCUUGGGCAGCCAGAUCAUCACAGUUCCUGUGAACUCCUCGCUGUCCUGGCACGUCAACAAGCUGAGGGAGAUUGGGAAAGAAGCCUACAAUGUCAGCUAUGCCUGGAAAAUGGUGCAGGACACGUCCUUCAUCCUGUGUGUGGUGGUGAUCCAGCCCGAAAUUCCCGUGAAGCAGCUGAAGAACCUCAACACUGUCCCCAGCAGCAAACUGCUCUACCACAGGCUGGACCUGCUGGGCCAGCCCAACGCCUGCCUGCACUUCAAGCAGCUGGCCACCCUGGAGAGCCCCACAGUGAUGCUGUCUGCAGGAAGCUUCUCCUCCCCCUACGAGCACCUGAGCCAGCCCGAGACCAAGCGGAUGGUGGAGCACUACACGGCCUACCUGAGCGACAACACGCGGCUCAUCGCCAACCCCGGCCUCAAGUUCUCUGUCAGGAAUGAAGUAAUGGCAACCAGUCACGGCACGGAUGAAUGGAUGACCCAGAUGGAGAUCAGUGGCCUCAACAGUUACAUUGUCAGGCGUUACAUAGCAACCCCCAAUGGGGUGCUGCGCAUCUACCCCGGCUCCCUCAUGGACAAAGCAUUUGAUCCCACCAGGAGACAAUGGUACCUGCAUGCAGUGGCCAAUCCAGGACUAAUCACCUUUACUGGGCCCUACCUGGACGUGGGAGGGGCUGGCUAUGUGGUGACCAUCAGCCACACUGUCCAUUCCUCCAGUGCUCAGAUGUCCUCAGGACACUCCGUGGCCGUGAUGGGCAUCGACUUCACCCUCAGAUAUUUCUACAAAGUCCUCAUGGACCUGCUGCCAGUUUGUAACCAAGAUGGGGGGAACAAAAUCAGGUGCUUCAUCAUGGAGGACAGAGGGUACCUGGUGGCACAUCCAACCCUCAUCGACCCCAAGGGCCACGCGCCCGUGGAGCAGCAGCACAUCACACACAAGGAGCCUCUGGUAGCAAACGACAUCCUGAACCACCCCAACUUCGUCAAGAAAAACCUCUGCAACAGCUUCAGCGACAGGACCGUGCAGCGCUUCUAUAAAUUCAACACCAGCUUAGUGGGCGACCUGACCAACCUGGUGCAUGGCAGUCACUGCUCCAAGUACAGGCUGACGAGGAUCCCGGGCACCAACGCCUUCGUGGGCAUCGUCAACGAGACGUGCGACUCGCUGGCCUUCUGUGCCUGCAGCAUGGUGGACAGGCUGUGCCUCAACUGCCACAGGAUGGAGCAGAACGAGUGUGAGUGUCCCUGUGAGUGCCCACUGGAGGUGAACGAGUGCACUGGGAACCUGACCAACGCCGAGAGCAGGAAUCCGAGCUGUGAGGUGCAUCAGGAGCCGAUGACUUUCACAGCCAUUGAUCCCAGCCUGCAGGAUGCACUCCCCCAGUGCAUCAACACCCAGUGCAACCAGAGGACAGAGAGUGGGGAUUGCUUUGGAGUGCUGGACUGCGAGUGGUGCAUGGUGGACAGCGACGGGAAGACCCACCUGGACAAGUCCUACUGUGCCCCUCAGAAGGAAUGCUUUGGUGGCAUCGUGGGAGCCAAGAGUCCCUAUGUGGAUGACCUGGGAGCAAUAGGAGAUGAGGUGAUCACCCUGAACAUGAUCAAGAGUGCCCCCGUGGGCCCCGUGGCUGGAGGCAUCAUGGGCUGCAUCAUGGUGCUGGUGCUGGCCGUGUACGCGUACCGGCACCAGAUCCACCGCCGCAGCCACCAGCACAUGUCCCCGCUGGCAGCACAGGAAAUGUCAGUGCGUAUGUCCAACCUGGAGAACGACAGGGACGAGAGGGACGACGACAGCCAUGAAGACAGAGGAAUCAUCAGCAACACGCGGUUCAUCGCGGCCGUGAUCGAGCGCCACGCGCACAGCCCCGAGCGCCGCCGCCGCUACUGGGGCCGCUCCGGCACCGAGAGCGACCACGGCUACAGCACCAUGAGCCCUCAGGAGGACAGCGAGAACCCGCCCUGCAACAACGACCCUCUCUCAGCUGGCGUGGAUGUGGGGACCCACGACGAGGACCUGGAGCUGGACACGCCCCCGCAGACGGCAGCGCUGCUGAGCCACAAAUUCCACCACUACCGGCUGCACCACGCCACCCUGCACCACAGCCACCACCUGCAGGCCGCUGUCACCGUGCACACCGUGGAUGCCGAGUGCUGAGGACACCACCGCCACCACCUGCAGGCUGCCACAGCUGCCACCUGCAGGCUGUGGCACUGAGGACAGCACAGCUGCCACCUGCAGGCUGUGGCAAUGGGGACAACACAGCUGCCACCUGCAGGCUGUGGCACUGGGGACACCACAGCCGCCACCUGCAGGCUGUGGCACUGGGGACAACACAGCCACCACCUGCAGGCUGUGGCACUGAGGAUAGCACAGCCACCACCUGCAGGCUGUGGCACUGGGGACACCACAGCCGCCACCUGCAGGCUGCUGGCACCGUGCACUGAGGACACCACAGAUGCCACUCCAGAGCCACGGGGACUGUGCUGCUCCCCAAGGACAGCCUCACAGGCUUCCCCACCAAGCUGAGGCAUCAGAGCUUUGCAUUUUUACAAGUGGAAGGUUGGCUCUGGCCCGCAAACGUGCUUGAUGAAUGGACCUGCCAAAACAUGGAGAAAAAUGGAGCAGGAGGCACGUUAGACCUCCAGGAACAGGGAUGGGAGUUUAUCCAGCAGCUGGAGUUUGUUGUGCUGAGCCAAGAGCAGAGAGAGAGCUUAAAGAGCCAGAGAUGAUUUGGUUUCCUUAACUGGAAGAGCAGGAAUCUGCAGCUGGAGAGCCCAGAAGUGCCAGACAGAGCAGGGAAGGCUGCUGGCUUCUCUGCAGGUGGAGAGCUCCCUGUGCCCACGUUGCUCUGCAGGACCUGGGACAAUGCAUCUCAAGAUUUUUAAGUAAAGGAUUAUUUUUCUACUAUUUAUUGAACUUGAAACUUUGGGGGGAGGGAGGGGAGAAAACCUGUUAGGGAUUCUCAACGAGUACCACGUGCAUUCUGUGCUGGGGAAGGGGCUCUUCCCAGGAAAACAGCUGCUCCUUGGGAGCUGACCUUCAUCCAGUGCCCCACUCUGCAAAGGGAAAAUGAAGAAGCCCUCUCUGCCUCGCUGUUUACAUUAGGAUUGCUUUCUUUUCCACUCUUGUUUCCUGUAAAUAUUACAGCCUGAUUUCUAUUCCAGUAUUGUCUUCCUGUCUGCAGAGGAGAAAUCCUGUACUCCGUUACUAAAAUGCAGAGAAGUCUGCCCAGAAUCUGCCCAGAAACUUCUCCAUCUUUAUCUCUACGCUCAUCCUUAAAGGAUUCCUGUGUGGAAGUAAUAAAGAAUUUCUUUAGCAUUAGUUACCAGAUAAUCCCAAAUGGAAUCUGUGCCAUUCUUCUGUUUCCUUGGACCACAAGUAGGGAUAAACCAGUGUUUUGUAAAACUUGGGUUACUGUGGAAGAAACCUUGAAACCAUAAUGAGAAGCUGCUGCUGUUUGUCUGGAGUUUUAACCUUGCUUGGUAAUUCAAACAAAGAUUAAUCCAUGUCUACAACAAAGGGCAUAUAAUUAUCAAUAUGUUUUCAAUCACAGUGUUGUAUUUUAGAUUCACAUUUUGUGAUUACAAUGAUAUCAAGCCGUUCUUGCACUGUGCAUAUGGUAAACAUCCAUUUAUAUGUAGGUUUUUAAAAAAAAAUCACUUGUUUUAAUUAAUAUGGUACUUAAUACUGUAUUAUGUAAAAAAUUGGUUCUUAAACAGUACAGUAAAAUAACUCUAUGUGUGAUACCAGGAUAUCCCUUUAUACUAUGUAUAAAAUUAAAAUCUCUAGUGAAAUAAACUGUAUAUAAGUAUAGA